CACAAACUUAAUCAUCUCACUUCUCUAAUAAAAGUUCAUUUAUAUUUGCCUUAAUGUCAAGAAUGUCGGAGCCACUUGCGGUGGGGAGAGUGGUUGGUGAUGUGGUGGACAUUUUCACCCCAAGUGUGAAGAUGACUGUAACUUAUAACCCCAAUAAGCAAGUUGCCAAUGGUUAUGAGCUUACUCCUGCUGUCAUUGCUGCUAAACCCAGGGUUGAGAUUGGUGGAGAAGAUAUGAGAGCUGCCUACACAUUGAUCAUGACUGACCCUGAUGCUCCAAGCCCUAGUGAUCCAUACCUGAGAGAACAUCUCCACUGGAUGGUUACGGACAUUCCUGGUACCACUGAUGUUUCCUUUGGAAAAGAAGUGGUAAGUUAUGAGAUUCCAAAGCCGGUGGUGGGCAUCCACAGGUACGUAUUCAUAUUGUUCAAGCAAAGAGGAAGACAAACUGUGAAGACACCAACUUCAAGGGACUAUUUUAACACAAGGCGGUUCGCACAAGACAACGGCCUCGGCCUGCCAGUGGCUGCAGUCUACUUCAAUGCCCAGAGAGAAACGGCUGCCAGAAGAAGAUGAAGACGAAGACAUAGUAGAGAUAUCAGUUUGAUACUAAUUCCCGAGAAAUAAAAGAAAACUGCUCGACUUCAACUUGAAGUUGGCUGCAUUUUCCUCUUGUUCAUGUUUUUAGGGUUUUGAAUCGAAUAUGGAUGUUUCGACGUCCUGCUGUGCUUUGCUUAAUGUGUUUAUUUAGUUUAUUAUUAAUAGGCUUUGUUUACAAUAAACUAGGGUUUGACUUGGUUUUGGUGGAUUAAUUGACUAAGAAUAAGAUUACAUUACUUUAUUUCUAA